AUGACUGCACAAAUGAUUCAUUGUUGGAUUAGUCCUCAUGGUCAUACUACUGGCUUUUAUUGCACUAUAGUAUAUGCUUUUAAUAGUGCUGUGGAAAGGGAUACCUUAUGGAAAGAUUUGAGGCUGGUUAAUGUGGUGAAUAAGUCUUGGAUUGUUGUGGGAGACUUCAACUGUGUGCUGAGUAGAGAAGAAAGAAUAGGCAAUCCAGUUAGGGAGAAUGAAAUGGCUCCUUUUAGAAGUUGCUUGGCUCAAUGUCAGCUAGAAGACAUUAAAUGUUCUGGUUGUUUCUACACUUGGAAUAAUAAGAAUGAGGGUCAAGAUAGAGUGUACUCUAAACAGGAUAGAGUAUUAGGUAAUGUGAUGUGUAAUGAGGAAUUCCAAAAUUCAGAAGCACACUUCCUGCCAGAAGGAAUUUUUGACCAUUCACCUAUUCUAAUUAAAGCAUACAAUCAGAUGGAAAGUGGUAAGAGACCCUUUAAGUACUUCCAUAUGUGGAGUACAGCUGAAGAUUUUGCGAUGAGAGUUAGAAAAACUUGGUCUACUCAGAUUACAGGCUGUGCAAUGUAUAGAGUGGUUAAGAAGAUGAAGUUGGUUAAGGAAAGCUUGAAGGAGCUGAAUAAUUCAGGUUUUGACCAGAUUCAAGCUCAGGAGAUUAGAGCAUUGAAGGAGCUAAAAGUGAUCCAAACUGCUUUGCAUCAGGAUCCUAGAAAUGAUAAUCUGAUAAUUGGAGAAAAAAGAGCUGCUAGUACUUACAGAAAGCUAGCUGAAAGGCAUCAUUCAUUCCUGAAACAAAAAGCAAGAUUAGAGUGGAUGAGAUGUGGGGAUGAGAAUACUAGGGUGUUUCAUCAAGCAAUCAAGGCCAGAAGACUUCAGAACACAGUGUAUGGUAUUACUGAUAGUAAUGGGAGAUGGGUUGAUUCUCAGGAGCAGGUUAAUGAUGCUUUUCUUCAGUACUACAUUAAGUUGUUAGGUACUGAGAGAUCUAGUAGGAGGAGAAUAUAA